AUGGUCGGUGCUGAUAUCUGUGGCUUUGCCCUCAACACGACCGAGGAGCUUUGUGCUCGCUGGACCGCGCUCGGCUCGUUUUACCCAUUUGCCCGGAACCACAACGUCAAGGAUGUGAACUCGCAGGAAACGUACUUGUGGGACUCGGUGGCGGAGAUUGGCCGCAAAUUCAUUGGCAUGCGCUACCGCUUGUUGCCGUACCUGUACACGCUGGGCUACGAGGCCCAUGCAACAGGUAUUCCUAUCGCCCGAGCCAUGUUCUUCGAGUUUCCCGAAGACACCAACGCACGUUCCUCGCCGUAUGUUGAUAACCAGUUCAUGCUCGGAAGCUCACUGCUCGUGAUACCUGUGCUGACAGAGGGAGCUACCAACGUCACGGGAUACGUUCCUAAAGGCGUGUGGUAUGAUCUCUUCAACUACACCAAACUGGAAUCUGUUGGAGCCAAUGUUUCAUGGGAGGUUAGCUUGUACGACAUGCCCGUGCACGUCCGUGGUGGCCCGGUGUUACCAAUGCACCAGGCGGCGCUCACUAGUACGUCCGCGCGUACUACGCCGUACAGCUUGCUGGUGGCUUUAUCGGCCAAUGGCACUGCGAACGGUGAGCUGUAUCAGGACGAUAUUGACGCGGUCAACGGCGACGAACACUCGACUGUUGUCAGCUUUACCGUCUCCGGUAGCGAGCUCAGCAGUAAAGUGGUGCGCAACAAUUACAGCGGGGGCGACUUCACCGACUUGAUUACGGAUGUGAUCGUGCUGGGUGUUCCAACAAAGCCAUCGCAAGUGAUUGUAAGCUCGAGUGACACUGUGCUGGGCUUCUCGUACAAUGAGACUCUGGAAGCGUUGACGAUCGACGCGAGUGGCGCGAACCUCAGUGUGACACAGGACUUCACUGUAUCGUGGCUAUAAAGUCGACACUGUCCCUCCGAUUCAUUUGAAUCAGACCUGCGGUCUUUUGGGGACUCUCACUGUAAAAGAAGUAAAAAGUGCCCAAGUGGUGGCAGUGCGAGUCGACACGUUGACGUCGGGGUUAAAUGUUUUGCUAUUACUGCAGUGAACCGAAAUGAUCGUAGGUGUGUUGCUCGAUUAAUUACUGUAAAGAACCAAAACAAGAUAUUUCAAGCAG